GCAGUGGUAGUAGGGAGCGGCGGCCAGUGGCGGCGGGCUCCAUGGAGAGCGGCGGGCGCCCGGGUAGAGGCGGCGCUUCCAUCUCGGCCCUCGGGCUCUGGUGACCCGCCCUCGAGUCCUGCACCGCAUCGGAGCGGCCAUCGACCCCGAGACUGACCCGGCUUCGCUGCCUCUUCCCGCGCCGCCGCCUCGCCCACCCCCCCGCCUCCCGCAUCCCUCCGGAGCCCCGAUUCGCUUUCGCCCCGACUCCUCGGCGGGGUGGCGGCGGCCGGGCCCCCACGGCGUCGGUCGGAGCUGUCGCGGCCCCCGGAACACGCCUCUAUGAUGAAGUUCAAGCCCAACCAGACGCGGACUUACGACCGCGAGGGCUUCAAGAAGCGGGCGGCGUGCCUGUGCUUCCGGAGCGAGCAGGAGGACGAGGUGCUGCUGGUGAGUAGCAGUCGUUACCCAGACCAAUGGAUUGUCCCAGGAGGAGGGAUGGAGCCAGAGGAGGAGCCCGGCGGUGCUGCUGUGAGGGAAGUUUAUGAGGAGGCUGGAGUCAAAGGAAAAUUAGGCAGACUCCUGGGCAUAUUUGAGCAGAACCAAGACCGAAAGCACAGAACGUAUGUUUAUGUUCUUACAGUAACUGAGAUAUUAGAAGAUUGGGAAGACUCUGUUAAUAUAGGAAGGAAGAGAGAGUGGUUCAAAAUAGAAGAUGCAAUCAAAGUUCUCCAGUGUCAUAAACCUGUACAUGCAGAGUACCUGGAAAAACUAAAGCUUGGCUGUUCCCCAACCAAUGGAAACUCCGCAGUCCCUUCCCUUCCAGAUAAUAAUGCCUUGCUUGUGACUGCUACACAGACCUCUGGGGUGCCACCUGGCAUAAGAUAGAGAGAAUUUGGAGGCCCUCUCCACCACGUAUAAUCUCUUGGGGAGAGGCUUUUUCACUUUCUUUGGGAGACAUCUGAAUGACGCAAACUGUCUGAAUUUGCCAUGCAGGGAUUUCAAACAAAUUUGCAUGUGUUUCAGAUGCUUUCAAGUCUUUCAAAACAAAAUAGUGUAAAAAUAUUUUAAGAAGCCAAAGCCAUGUGGGACUUUUUUUUUUUAAGAUGCCUUAACUGUGCCCCACCUGUUAUUUUAGUUGCUGUUUUUCACAUAAGUUUUUGUUUUGGUCAUUGACAUCAGUCUGGUUUAUUAGUCAGAUCAAAUUGCUUAUAGGUAUAUUUUCCCCC